AUUUUGGAGUGCGGACAUGAUGGGAUUCAGCAUGCAGACACACGAGAACAGUUUGGCGCGUUUCUUACAGUUCAGUCUGAUGUCCUGAAUUAACUGAAAAUGUGGAGGAGCAGGUUUUUCAGGGGGGCACCCUGUCUCUUACAGGGGGCAGGCCGCUGUAGUCCCUGUAAACUCUCUCAGCAUCCUCCCUGGAGAUAUCUCUCUGUCUACCAGCCAUGCCGCCACUCAGCACUGCAGUACUCUUUUCGAGUGCCAACUUGGUAUCACUUUGAAAGCAAAUUAAGGCCAACAGUUGCCUUACAUUUCUGCAGAACUUUAAGAAAAGAUGCAAAGUCUACAAUAGAUUUCCCUCUCCACCCCCUCACAGUGACUGAUGUCAAACAGUAUCUUCGUUCUAAAGAUAUCCCUUUUCAUGAUGCAUACAGCUGCUUGCAUGCUCCUAGCAUCUUUUUGGAACCAGCUCCAGCGGGUUCUGGAAGGGAGAAUUUCUCACUCUACAUUGAUAAAACCACCGGACAGUUUCUGUGCAAGGAGACUCUAGUGGAGGGAAGCUGGGAAGACCUGCAGGAUUGCAUAGAGGUUAUGUUGAAUGAGGGUCAGGCCUCCAUCAGUCCUAAUGUACUGUUGGGUUUUCCAGAGAGUCUAGAUGAGCAAGAGGAUAGAGAGAUGGAGCUGAGGGAGGUGCAGCGGAUAUGGAGUAGCUCCGUGCCUUUUUCUGAUCUCCUGGAAGAGGAGGCACAGCUUGUUAAAACCAUGUUCCAGAUUGGGAAACUCACCAAUGCCACAAUUAAGAAGUUUGGGGUCAGGUUCUUUAAGCCCACCAAGAGUUUGGUGUUCCCCUGGUUUAGUGGGCGUGACUCAGGUCUUCGGGGUGUAAAGCUACUUUCUGCUGCCAUGAAAAAUGACGGACAGGUGGUCUACACCGAAGCCACAGUUCCAAAAGUUUCCAACUAUCACAACCUCUUUGGUCUCCCUUUGAUUGGAUGGAAGGAUGUUGAGGUGGUGCUCACCGGUCGUGAGGUGGACAGCAUGGCAGUGAGUCAGGCCACUGGCCUCCCUUCUUUGGCAUUGCCUCGGGGUGUCAGCUGUCUACCCCCAAUACUCCUACCUUUUCUGGAGCAGUUCAAGAAAGUUACAUUGUGGUUAGGGGGAGAUAUGCGCUCUUGGGAAGCCUCGAAAAUCUUCUCUAGAAAACUUGGACUUAAGCGCUGCUCUCUGGUCAGGCCAGGAGAGUUUCAGCCAUGCCCCAGUGAGGCACUGGCCAAUGGCAGGAACCUAGUGCGCAUCGUCAAGGCUUCCAUCCCUGCUGCCCACAAGUCCAUUGUUUCCUUCAAGCAGCUUAGGGAGGAUGUGUAUGGUGAGCUGGUGAAUGUGAAGCAGGUGGCUGGAAUACAGUGGUGUAGAUUCCCAGAGCUUAAUCGAAUUCUUAAAGGUCAUCGCAAAGGGGAGCUGACUGUUUUCACAGGUCCCACAGGCAGCGGAAAGACCACCUUCAUCAGUGAGUGUGCCCUAGAUCUGUGCAUGCAGGGUGUCAACACAUUAUGGGGCAGCUUUGAGAUCAACAAUGUGCGCUUGGCCAAAAUUAUGCUGACCCAGUUUGCCGAGCAAAGGCUGGAGGAGAACCUGGACCAAUACGACAUGUGGGCUGACAAGUUUGAGGACUUGCCUCUAUACUUCAUGACCUUCCAUGGGCAACAGAACAUCAAGACUGUUUUGGAUACCAUGCAGCAUGCUGUUUACCUGUACGAUAUCAGUCAUGUGAUCAUUGACAACUUGCAGUUUAUGAUGGGGCAGGAAAAUCUGUCUUUGGACAAGUUUGCAGUACAAGACCAUAUUAUUGGAGCCUUCAGGAAGUUUGCCACACAUAGCAGCUGUCAUGUGACCUUAAUUAUCCACCCUCGGAAAGAGGAGGAUGAUAAAGAGCUGCAGACAGCUUCCAUCUUUGGCACAGCCAAGGCCAGUCAGGAGGCAGAUAAUGUGCUCAUCCUUCAGGAGAAGAAAUUAGUGACGUGUCCAGGCCGUAGAUCCCUACAGGUAGCCAAGAAUCGCUUUGAUGGGGAUGUCGGCAUCUUUCCCUUAGAAUUUAAUAAAGCUUCGCUUACCUUCUCGACUCCUGUGAAGGGCAAGCAGAAGCUCCGUAAGGUCAAAGUGGACAAGAAUAACAGCGGAGAGGAAAUGGAGGAAACUGAACCCAAAGAAAAAUGCGAUAAAGCUGUCAAGCCUGCCAAGGUGAAGACGUCAAGGACAGUUAAGGGGUCAGCAGCAGCAGGAGAGGAAGCCUCAGAUGGAGAAGGAAUUAAAUAGUAGUGCAGAGAAUUAUAUGAAUUGACUGAAAGAUCAAAUGAAGCUUACUUGAGAUUUCUAGGAUACAUUUAAGGGUCAAACCAUAAAAACUACAUAUCAGUCUGAAAAUGUGUUAUAUGUGAAAAUGUGAUGUAGCUGCUGCAUUGUUGCUACUGUGCUGGCAAAUAUCAAAGAUUGGUUCUGGAUGGACUGACAUGAGUACAGUGUGUAUGUUAUCAUACGUUGUCUCAUUGUGUAAAGGAGUGAAAACCCAAACUGAAUGCUUGUUUGUAUUUUAGAUCUUCCUGAACAGGGAGAACACAUUGUCGUAUGCAAUUUUUUGUAUCCCUUGAUGUUUUUGUACGCACUACAAAAAGCAAACACAACUAACGAAUAUUUUCGUUUACAAAAUUAUUGUGCUGAUCAUUUGUAAAAAAUCAAUUUGAUGGUUUAAAACAAUUAAAAACGUAGUCAGGUCCCCAGUGCUGAAAUCACUUGUAGAAAUUCUGAUAUACAUUGAUGAAAUGUAAAUAUAUUUUCUGGAUAAUGUUCAAAAAUGUAAUUUGCUCUGUCUUAAUGGUCAUUGUUAGGAGAAAAGUGUCAAAUGCAAACAAGUAAGAUUUGUAUUGUAAAGGAGGCUGUGAAUAUUGUUAAUAAAAGUGUUUUAUAGUAUUGGUGGGUUCUGCUCAUUUAUCAUUGAUUUGAUUUC